AUGGGGUACUACCCGAAGGACAAGGAGCCGACCUUCAUCUUCCCGGUGAACGACCUCGAAGUGAGCAUCGCGCCCCGGGGCCGGCCGUUCCAGCCGCCCCCCCUGGCGCGGGGGUCAGCGACGACUUUUCUCGCCACGGCGUACGACGAGUUCACGCGAGAUUGGGUGAACCUGUCCAUCGGGCGGCUGUCCCAGAAGUCGGUUCCUUGUGUCAAGUAUCGAUCGGAGGAACCGCCACAGUACCCUGCCGACGAUCACCAGGUGCCUGACAAGGAGAAAUUUACCGUGGGCACGGACGACCCGGAAGAGCAGCCGGGGAGCAAGGAGGUCCGGGUGCUGCAUUAUUACCGACCGCAGUACAAGGGGCCCCGCAGCACCUACCGAAAGACACCGGACUUGAAGCUGCAGCUUCUGCUGCUGGAUAGGCCGGCGCACUUCAUGUGGAUGGAAAUCGCGGCUCAAGCCCUCACAUUCAAGGUCGGAGCGCUGGAGCCGGUGUUCUGCUCCCUGACUCUCUACCGAAUCGUGUCCCGGCUGGGCAAGAAGGGAGCGGAGAUGGACCUCUCCCGAAGCGGCAGGGUCUCGGAAACGUUUUGGUGA